AUGGCGUCGCCGGAGCCGCAACAAAACCGAGGCGAUAAUAAAGAACCAUUAAAGAAAGCAGAUGAGGAAAUAAAGCCUGGUCUAAUUUCUUUCGGUUUUACCAAAAAGAUCAAUAAAACCAAAACCGAGACAGCAGAAGAGCGAGAUUUUUUAACUGGAGUCGAGGGGAAGGAACUAAAAAGCACCAAGCCGGUAGAGAAACCUAAAGAGCUCAUCAUUCCUCUGAUCCAGAAGAACCGCUGGUACAGACACGAAGGGGUGAAGCAGGAGGAUGGGAAAGAAGCUCCAUCCUCUCCAUCCAAGCAGCAGGACUCUGUGGAGUCUCAGGCCAUUAAAGAGCUUAUUGAAGAGUCUCAGAAGCAGCAGGAAGAAUGGAAAAAUGGUCCACAGUGCGAUCCGAACCUGGCCAUCCCGCUGCUCAUGCAGAACCACGUGCCGCAGGGCUUCGAGGACGGAGAACAAAUCAAAGUGGACCUCCGGCCCGAGUCGGUGAGUCAGGACCGGCAGGAGUACGUACAAGCGUCCACAGAGGCCGAUUACGAGCAGGUUCCGGUGGAGGCGUAUGGACUCGCCAUGCUGAAAGGAAUGGGCUGGAGGCAGGGAGAGGGAAUCGGCCGCACAUUCAAACAAGACGUGAAACCUAUAGAACACCAGUUGAGACCUAAAGGCCUGGGUCUGGGAGCUGAUCGCUCUGCCAUCAAGGACCUGCAACCCUCUGGGCCCCGAAGACCCCCUAAACCCGGAGAACAGAGGGACAAAGAUGAUGAGGGCUUAGUGCUUGGGCCUGGAGGGUGUGUACUGGUCCAGACCGGGGCUCAUAAAGACCUCUAUGGGAAGAUAGAGGGGGUAGACACAGACAAUGCCAGAGUCAUGGUGAAACUUGCCAUCGGUGGAAAAUCGGUAACCAUCAGCCAGCACUCACUACGCCUGGUGCCUCGCAAAGAAUACGACAAAUACAGCAAAGACCUCAGUCGCCUCAGCAAAGCCCACAAGGAGAAAGAGAAGGAGAAAGAGAAAGAACGGGAAAAGGAAAGAGACCGAGAGAAAGAUGGAGCGCGCAACCAGCAGAGAGGAGAAGAGAAGCCGGACGGGAAAGACGAGCGGCGGAGAGAUCGGCACUCGGAGAGAGAGAAGGAACGAGAGAACGAGCGAGAGCGUGACCAGAGGAAGAGGAAGCACAGGGAAACCGAUACGGACAGAGAGAAACCUCCUCCGAUGAAGGAGCCUCGCUCGUCUCCGCCUGCCUGGCUCCAGAGAGACCUCCGUGUGCGCUUCAUAGAUAAAACCUUUAAAGGAGGCAAAUACUACAACUCUAAGAUGAGAAUCGAGGACGUCAUCGCGUCGCACGUCUGCGUCUGUCGUACAGACGAAGGACGACUGCUGGACGAUGUCAAACAGACGAUGCUCGAGACCAUCGUGCCCAAAGGUGACGCAGACUCCAUUAUGGUGGUGCUGGGAGAACACCGAGGACAGGUAGGCCGCAUUCUAAAGCGUGAUAAGGAGAAAUGUAGGGCCAUGGUGCAGCUGGAGCGCUACGAGGAGAAGAUCUUCACUCUGGACUACGAUUCCCUCUGCCAUUACGUGGGAGAACGCUGACAAGCACCUCAGAGACCAAGACGACCGCCUCCACUCACCCCGGAGACGACUAGACUGUCCACAACUAGAUUUAUUCACUCAGACAUGCUACUUCGCAUGGAUCAUAUGAACACUGUUGCCCCCUCCAUGAGUCUGGGAUUUCACUUAUUGCUUAAUGUUCUUAAAGCUGCAUCCUGGUGGCUGGAGAGACCGCCGGAAACAUCUCUCACCUUGUCAACAUGUUGAAAACAGACUGUUUGUAGUAGAUAUGAGAUUUUUGUACAUGUGCCAUAAUCACUGCCAUGUUGGAUGUCUUUUUAUAAUAAAAGUGUACUAUUGGU